AUGACGUCGAUAUCAGAGGAGACAGAGUUUUCCAACAUUGAACGCAAGCCCGAUUACCUCGAAAAGCUAAAAAUACCGCAAUUCACUUUGCGAGCCACUAUUGUUGGUUUAUUGAUUGGUUCGGUUAUACUCAUAUCCAACUUCCAAUUUGGAUUGCAAACAGGAUGGGUCUCGAUGAUGUCGUUGCCUGCUGCAUUAUUGGGGUUUGCAAUUUUCAAACUAACACCAAUGUCGGAAAGUUUUUCAGAUGUGGAGAAUGUUUACGUGCAAAGUAUAGCGGUGGCAGUCGGUACAGGACCACUAUGCUAUGGCCUAAUUGGUAUUAUUCCAGCGAUUGAGAAAUUCUUGACUCCUGAAGAAUCUGGACUAGGACGUUCUUUGAAAUUUUCAACGGGGGAAUUGAUAAUUUGGUCGAUGGGGUUGGGGUUGUUUGGUGUAUUCUUUGCAGUGCCGUUGCGUAAGCAAGUGGUUGUAAAGGAGAAACUACCAUUUCCAUCGGGUAGUGCAACUGCAACAUUGAUUUCUGUGCUUCAUGGAACAGAAAUAUACGAAGACGAAAGUGACGAAGAAAAAAAUGAUGAUGACGAUGAUGAUGAUGAUAAAAAUGAUGAUCGUGAAAACGGGAAAAAUAAUAAUCAACGUGAUAGCUUAUUUGAUGAGGCUCGGGUUCCUGAGAUUGAACGUCAAACCUCUUUAACGCAGCUUCUCGACAAGACAGAUUAUAGAGGCAACAUGUUGUCGCUCAUUAUUACAUUUUCAGUUUCCGCAGUAUACACGCUCGCAUCUUAUUUCAUACCAAUGCUCAAAAAGUUGCCCAUCUUUGGUAGCUGGGCCUCGAAAAAUUAUGACUGGGAUUUCCAACCGUCGCCAGCAUAUAUUGGACAAGGUAUCAUAAUGGGUCUUCCCACAGUUUCAUACAUGUUAUUUGGUGCUAUAUUGGGGUGGGCAAUAUUGGCUCCUUUGGCGAAAUAUCAAGGAUGGGCUCCGGGCGAUAUAAAUGACUGGAUUAAUGGUGGACAAGGCUGGAUACUUUGGUCGAGUUUGAGUAUGAUGGUUGCAGACUCACUUGUAUCGUUUAUUGUCCUUAGUGUUAAGUCAUGCAUAUCCUUAGUCAAUGACGUAAAAAAGAGGCGUUCUUCAUCUUAUGCACAUACUUUGGAGUUGCAACAAUCGCUUUUGGUCAAUGAUGAAUCUAUUAGCCAGAGCUCGAACCAGACGAGCAUUAGCAAUGCUAGCUUCAAUGAUCACUCCAACUAUAACUCCAACUCCAACUCCAACUCCAACACCAACUUUAACGCUCACGCUAAUGUCAGUAAUGAAAAUGACGGUGGAUCAGAUACCAUAUAUGUAGAACGAAACCCGAUACAAAAGGCUAUUGAAGUUCCUGCCGAAUUUCUCAUCUCAAACAAGUUUGCAGCUAUUGGAACAGCACUUUCUACUGUUCUUUGUGUUGUGACAUUGAAAAUGAUUUUUGGCGACUUGAUCCCCAUAUACGCUUCGUUGACUGCAAUCAUAUUGGCAAUGCUUUUUAGUGUUUUGGCUACCAGAACACUUGGUGUUUCCGAUAUAAACCCCGUUAGUGGCAUAGGAAAACUUUCGCAAUUGAUAUUUGCAUUUAUAAUCCCUGCUAAUCACCCUGCCAAGAUCUUGAUCAAUUUAAUCUCUGGUGGUGUAGCAGAAGCAGGAGCACAACAAGCUGGUGAUUUGAUGCAAGACUUGAAAACCGGACACAUGAUUGGUGCUUCGCCUAAAGCACAGUUUUUGGCUCAGAUUAUUGGUACAAUAUACUCUGUAUUUUUGAGUUCAAUCAUGUACAAAGUCUACAUGUCGGUAUAUACGAUUCCAAAUGACACUUUCCGUAUACCAACAGCUGUCAUAUGGAUUGAUUGUGCACGAUUGGUAACAGGAGAUGGUCUUCCACCUAGAGCUAUGGAGUUUUCUAUAAUAUUUGCAGUCAUUUUUGGAUUAAUCUCUUUGGUGAAGAAUACGGUGCCUACAACUUCUAAAUUCCACAAGCAUUUAGUUUGGUUACCCAACGGGGUAGCUGUUGGUAUCGGCAUAUACAACACACCCAAUUUCACUCUAGCUAGAUUUAUCGGUGGUCUUAUUGCUCAUUUUUGGCACAUGUUGAGUGAUAGAGGAAGGAUUGGAAUGAUUAUAUUCAGCAGUGGUUUGGUCUUGGGAGAAGGAUUACUAAGCGGUUUCACUAUGUUGUUGACGAGUCUCAAUGUGCCUCAUUUUUAG